AUGAUGAGUUUCUGCUGCAUUGGGUUUAGUUUUGUAGAUAGUUCAGCUGUUGUGUUUUUCUUAUAUUUUCUCAAGUGUGAACCUGCUCUUUCUCUUACCAGUCUCAAGACACUUCACCUGAGUUGGAACUUUCUUCAGGGUUCAAUUCCUUGGGAGAUUACAAAUUUGAAAUCUCUAGAGGUCCUUGAUCUAUCUGAUAAUUUGGGUCUUGAGGGUCAUAUUCCAGGAUUUUUAGGACAUCUUACCAAGCUAAAGGUCUUAGAUCUUUCUGCAAAUGAAUUUACUGGGGGGAUUCAUGAACUCUUAAACAGUGUCUCAAAUAACAAUAUAUUACACACACUCGAUUUAAGUUCUAAUUCUCUAGAUGGUGUGUUGCCUGAGUCACUAGGAAAGCUUAAAAAUCUCCAACAUCUUCUCCUUUCUAGCAAUGCCUUUUUUGGUUCUAUUCCUGAGUCUAUUGGGAACAUCUCAUCCUUAGAGGUUUUAGACCUCUCUUACAACAAAAUGAAUGGGACUAUUGCUAAAAGUUUUGGGCAACUCUCUAAACUAGAAAAUGCAAACCUGUUAAUGAACUCUUGGGGAGGUGUCCUUACCAAAACCCACUUGUCAAAUCUCAAAAGCUUGAAAAGUCUUAGAAUUACAUUAGAUGAACCCAACUCCCUUGUUUUCGAAAUUCCUAAUAAAUGGCUGCCCCCUUUCAGGCUUAAUACCCUCCAAAUCUUGAACUGUAAAGUAGGUCCUACUUUUCCCAUGUGGAUUCAAGUUCAAACUGAACUCAUAUCUGUUACCCUUAGGAAUGUUGGAAUAUCUGAUACUAUACCGGAACAAUGGUUCUCGAGUUUAGCUCCUCAAGUUACCCAACUUGACCUAUCAAAAAAUCAAAUAGAAGGGAAGUUGCCACACCAGUUGAAAUUUCCAAACUUGAAUAGUAUUGAUUUGAGUUUCAAUCACUUUGAUGGGGCAUUCCCACAUUGGUCUUUUAAUGCAAGUCAGCUAUCUCUUGAGAGUAAUUCUUUCUCUGGGCCUAUUCCUGAAAAUAUUGCUGAAUUAAUGCCAAGGUUGGAAAGGUUGUAUCUGUCUCAUAACCACCUUAGUGGUCAAAUUUCUCAAUCCUUAUGUGAUCUGCAUAGUCUUCAAGUUCUUUCUUUGAGAAGUAAUCAUUUCUCUGGUGAGCUUCCUAGUUGUUGGGGCAAUUUAUACAUGUUGUGGGGAUUUGAUGUAACAAAUAACAACUUAUCUGGUUUAAUCCCAAGCUCAUUAACCCUUUUUUUGGGUUUUUAUAAAACUUCGUAUUGAGAAAAUUUGUGUCUUCUUUGUGAUUUAUUCAUAUGAAUUUAUUUAUGUUAAAUUUUGAGAAAGGGUUUGUGGAUUAGCUACAGAUUCAGUAAUAAUUUUCUUUAUUCUGUUUGAUCCUUUGGAUGGAAGAGUUGGAGAAAGUUGAA